CGUGAACGCUUUCCGAUCGACCACAGCCCACCUGUUUUUCUCUUCACUUCACUCGUCACCCCCUUUUUAAUUACGUAAACAAACAAAUUGCGAUUUUUGUGCUUAGCAAUGCUGUGACCUGAGACCGAGGGGGUCAACCAGCGCCAAAAAAAUCAGCAUGAAGGUCAUCGAGGGAAAAAUCGUGGUGCUCGGCGCCCAAGGUGUAGGGAAAACCAGCCUGGUGGUUCGAUACAUAGGAAAAAUGUUCAGUCACCACAUCAGCCCGACGAUAGGCGCCUCGUUUUUCACCUGCAAAAUCAACCUGGACAACACCAGGAUAAAACUACAGGUUUGGGACACGGCUGGACAGGAGCGGUUCAGGGCCAUGGCGCCAAUGUACUACAGAAAUGCAAACGCGGCGCUUUUGGUUUUUGACAUUACGCAAGUGCACUCGUUUGAGGCGGUUCGAAUGUGGGUUAAAGAGCUGCAGAAAAACGUGCCUGAGCCCAUGGUGAUGUGCUUGGUUGGAAACAAGACUGACUUGGCAAGCGAACGCAGAGUUUCCAGGGACGAAGCCCAACAGUUUGCUCAAACCAUGGGCGCUGCUUACUUUGAGUCAUCGGCCCUUCAGGACUAUGGUAUUGAGGAAAUUUUUCUCUCAACGGCGAUGGAGUUCAUAAACUUGAGCAAGCAAGGGGGACACACGUUGAAGGUUUACGAUUCAGAAACGCCGGCGACGGCGCCUCCGACCGAAGAGGUCAUGGGCAACGUCAGCCUCGAGUCAGUGGCGCUUGGAGAGCCAGCUAAAGGAAUGUGCUGCUAAAUUGUAUUUCAUCCGAAUUUAUUUUUAUUUUUUUAUUUCACGAAUAGCUCUCGCCGAGGCCAGACUUGCUUUUGAAAUAAGCAAACUGCUCUAUGUAGUGUAAGUUCAUUAUAUUAAGGCAGCUUUUCUAGUUUUUGAUAUAUCUGAAUUCGCUUUUCGAAUUUACAUACAUAUUUUUACAUUCCAUAACUUUAAAAAAAUAUCAUGACAACUGUGAUAAAUACGAGAUUUUUGCAAAAUGAUCAAAAUAUAAUAAUGUCUUCUUAUUCUCUUAUUGUGCCAAUCAUUAACCAUAAAUCACAAGUGUCAUAAAUUAUAUUGAAACAUUAAAAAAGGAUGCAUUUUCCUGUCUAUAUACAAUAUUUAGUUGUAAAAGAUAUUAAAAGAUGAAAAAUAUUUUU